CUGUUCUGAAAGAUAAGAAGGAUUCUCCUUUUGGUCACCCACCACUGGUCCCAUGGCUGCCAUGCAGAUGGAUCCUGAGCUUGCCAAGAGCCUCUUCUUUGAAGGGGCCACUGUAGUCAUCCUGAAUAUGCCCAAGGGGACAGAGUUUGGCAUUGACUACAACUCCUGGGAGGUGGGGCCCAAGUUUCGGGGUGUGAAGAUGAUUCCACCAGGCAUCCACUUCCUCCAUUACAGCUCUGUGGACAAGGCCAAUCCCAGGGAUGUGGGCCCUCGUAUGGGCUUCUUCCUCAGCCUGCAGCAGCGGGAGCUGAUGGUCCUGCGCUGGAACUCGGUCCAGGAAGAGGUAGACCUUUCCCCAGCCCCAGAGGCUGAGGUGGAGGCCAUGAGAGCCAACCUCCAGGAGCUAGACCAGUUCCUGGGACCUUACCCAUAUCCCAUGCUCAAGAAGUGGAUCUCACUCACCAACUUCAUCAGCAAGGCCACAAUGGAGAGGCUGCAGCCUGAGAGCCGGCAGAUCUGUGCCUUCUCGGAGGUGCUGCCUGUGCUCUCCCUGAAGCACACCAAGGACCGGGUGGAGCAGAAUCUACCCCGCUGUGGCACUGAAUGCAAGAGCUACCAGGAAGGCCUGGCCCGGCUGCCUGAGAUGAAGCCCAAAGCAGGGACAGAGAUCCGCUUCUCAGAGCUGCCCACACAGAUGUUCCCGGCAGGUGCCACACCAGCAGAGAUAACCAGACACAGCAUGGACCUAAGCUAUGCCCUCGAGACUGUGCUCAGCAAGCAGUUCCCCAGCAGCCCCCAGGAUGUGCUCGGUGAACUUCAGUUUGCCUUUGUAUGCUUCCUGCUCGGGAAUGUGUAUGAGGCAUUCGAGCACUGGAAGCAGCUCCUGAACCUCCUGUGCCGCUCAGAGGAAGCCAUGGUGAAGCACCACGCUCUCUAUGUCAACCUCAUCUCCAUCCUGUACCACCAGCUUGGUGAGAUCCCUGCCGACUUCUUUGUGGACAUUGUUUCCCAGAACAACUUCCUCACCAGCACCUUACAGGUUUUCUUUUCCUAUGCCCGCAGCAUCGCCGUGAAUGCAGCCCUGAGGCAGAAAGCUGAAAAGUUCCAAGCUCACUUGACCAAGAAGUUCCGGUGGGACUUUGAAGCGGAGCCUGAGGACUGUGCCCCAGUGGUGGUGGAGCUCCCCGAGGGUGUGGGGACUGGCUAACUGGGAAUGCUCUCAGCCAGGGAAGACCCCUCCCACACAGCCGCAGUCCUGACUUCCCCACUCACCCCUGCUACUGGGACUUGCCGGGGCAGUGGCCCCACCUGUUUCUGCAGAGAUGGAGCCAAAAUUCCCUCCUUCACUACUAAAUACAUUCCUUCAGCGCCAAAGAGGCUGUGCCAUCCUGAAGGCACAUUCGUGGGCUCCCCAUCCGCCUGGCCUUGGUGCUAACCUGACUGAGUUCCAGAUGGACUCUCACAAAAGCUCUUGGGAGAACCUGCCUCAGCAGCAACCUACUUCCUUCUGAAUGAGGAGAAAUUGAGCCAAAAGCAAGAGAACUGAUUGCUUAUUCCAUGGGAUGGUUAGAAAACAAGAAACCCUGGACUGCCAGGGGGUCUGAGAUGUCAGUUGGUGACUUUUAAGUUAAACAGGGCAGUAGGGAGAUGAGCCAGAAUUUCAGCCUGCCUCUCAUCAAAUGGGACUAUAUCACAGAAAACUUGGGCAUGUGACCGCUUAGGAGCACCAGAUUGUGGAGGGCGUAACACAGAAGACAGUUGGCUUGUAACUGACAAGUCAUCAGCUUUUGCUUUUCCAUCUAAGUUCUUUUCUCCUGUCCAGAGGUCCCAGAGGGUAAUCUUCCGAGGAUUGUUGUGGCCCCUGACCUCGGAGGCCUUGUGAGUGCCACGCCACUCCCAUGUGUUCUGUCCUGAGACCUCAGACCUAGACGUGGGUUUUGGCAACCCUCCUGCAUGGCCCCAUUCCUCACCAGAGCCACCAGGACUGUUUCUGAGGACCUGGAGGUUCAACAAGAAAAAGGCUCUUGCUCUGGACAGGCUUCAGCCCUGCUGGAGUUCUGUGCCUUUAUUCAGAGCUCUGGUGAUGACCCGUCAGCCUAGAUCUCUCCAUUCCUGCUGUGGCGCUGUCAGCCACAAGAGUAAUGAUGCUCAGGUUUCCUGGGAGUCCUGAGGUCCUGCGCGCAGGCCCCCAUCCUGGCUGAAAGCUGUUGUACUAUAAUCAGAGUCCCAGUGCUGUUUUCCAGGCUGUAGCUCACACCAAGUUUCUAAAUGAGAAUUCCUGCCUGUUAAGACUUUUGGUUCCACGUUUCCCUGGAGAUGUUUUUCCAAGAGCGUAACAUACAUUAAAGUCUUUGAGUUGAGACUAAA